GCGGAGCCGGGGAAGCGGCGGCCCCGCGGCCCGCGCAGCGAUGGGCGCCGGCGGAGGGUCGCCCGGGCAGGCCGCCUGCCUGCGGCAGAUCCUGCUGCUCCAGCUGGACCUGAUCGAGCAGCAGCAGCAGCAGCUGCAGGCCAAGGAGCGGCAGAUCGAGGAGCUCCGGGCCGAGCGCGACACGCUCCUGGCGCGGAUCGAGCGCAUGGAAAGGCGGGUGCAGCUGGUGAAGAAGGACAGCGAGCGGGAGAAGCACCGCAUCUUCCAGGGCUUCGAGGUGGAUGAGAAGCCAGAGGCAGAGGCAUGUGAGAAGCUGCCUCUAGAGUGUCCCCAGGACCUGCUGGAGCCCCCCCCGACCCUGCAGCCCAAGCACUUCCCCUACGGCAGGAACGGGAAGGGGCAUAAAAGGAAGCCGACGUUCGGGAGCGCGGAGAGGAAGACGCCCGUUAAAAAACUGGUGUCCGAGUUCUCCAAAGUGAAGAGUAAAACUCCAAAGCACUCCCCGGGGAAGGAGGAGUCAGGCGGCUCCUUGGCCGAAACUGUUUGUAAACGAGAACUGCGGAGCCAAGAGACUCCGGAAAAACCCCGGUCCCUCCUGGAGACCCCGCUCCGGGCCUCGGCCCCGCCGAAGGGCCCCGGCACCCACCCCAAGGAGAAGGGCUUGGGCAGCGAGGCCGACGACCUGCCCUAUCUCUCCACCACCGAAAUGUACUUGUGCCGCUGGCACCAGCCGCCCCCGUCGCCGCUGCCGCUGCGGGAGCCUUCCCCGAAAAAGGAGGAGACUGUAGCAAUUCCGUCUUGGAGGGACCAUGUCGUGGAGCCCCUGAGAGACCCCAACCCCUCGGACCUCCUGGAGAACCUGGACGACAGCGUCUUUUCCAAACGGCACGCGAAGCUGGAGCUGGAUGAGAAACGAAGGAAAAGGUGGGACAUCCAGCGGAUCAGGGAACAGAGAAUCCUGCAGCGGCUGCAGCUCCGAAUGUACAAAAGGAAAGGGAUUCAGGAGUCGGAACCUGAAGUUACCUCAUUUUUCCCUGAGCCAGAUGACGUGGAAAGUUUGCUCAUCACCCCGUACCUGCCCGUCGUCGCCUUUGGCCGGCCCCUACCCAAACUGACCCCACAGAACUUCGAGCUGCCGUGGCUGGAUGAGCGCAGCCGCUGCCGGCUGGAGGUGCAGAAGAAGCAGACGCCGCACCGGACCUGUCGGAAAUAACGGAGAUGCCGGGAGCUCUGAACACCUCCGGGAGCUCCGUGUGUCACCAGAGGCUCCGCCGUCACCGGCUCAACCGCCCGCUCCGUGCCGACGGAUGGUUUCGUUCCUCUGCGAUCCCAGUUUUGUUCUCUUGGGUUUUGGAACGUUCCCCGGACUCGUCCCCCCCGCGCUGGCACCGGCCGAGGCUCCCCAGCGGCUGCUCCGCUCCCGUGGCCUUGGGAUUUGGGAUAUCGCCGUGGGGAUCACCAGGGCCCAGUCCUGGUGCCCGGGGGUGCCGCGUCCCCCCAGGACUCACCCGCCGCUGCCUUCGUGUUGCGUUUAGUUAGGAAACGGGAUAAACAGCGGGUUUUGUCGGAGCCAGACGGGAACCGGGAAGUUGGAAGCACCUGGGAGCCACUUUUGGGGUGUUUUCCCCCGUCUUUGGGGAGUUUCCCCCCCCCUCUGGAUCGUGUUGGCGGGGGCAGAGGGGGGAGAGUUAAAAAGCAGAAUUUUUUUUUUUUUUUUUUUUUGUGAAAUAGAAACCCUGUGCGCACAAUUUGGGGGGUUUUAAUGUUUUGUUUUUUUUUUUUUUAUAUAUAAUUUAAAUGUUUUUGAGGCGGGCAAGGGGUGUGCUGUGAGGGGGGUCGGGGGUGUUCCCUGGCUGAGCCCCCCGGGUGCUGCUGGACCCCUCUCGGUGCUGGGACCUGACGCUGUGGCGCUGGAUGGGUGGGGAGGGGGCUCUAUGGGCCGAGCUCCGUGUGUCCCCUUUUUCCUUCCCCCUUUUUUCCCUUUCCUCCCCUUUUUUCUGCUCUUUUUUCGCCCUUUUCCCACUCUUUCCCCCCCCUUUUUCUCCCUUUUCCCCCCUCCUUUUCCCCUCUUUUUCACCCCCCUUUUCCUCCCUCUUUUCUGCCCUUCUCCCCCCUUUUUCCUCCCCUUUACAGUGACCCCACACCCCCCACUUCUAUCCCCCAUCGCUCCCCUUCUCUUUCAUUAACCCCGGAGUUUCACAAACAAACAAACAAACAAACAACAACAAAAACACCUUAAAAAAAAAAAAGGCCGGAAAUCGCUAAAAAAAAAAAAAAAAGCUCUAAAAACACCCGAGUUCUAAACACAUUCCGGGCGGGCGCCGCCAGGGGAGGGGAAGGGGGGGGUUUCACACGCGCGUGUGCACACCCGCUCGCCGGUUUAUUUUAUUAUUUUUUUAUUGGUUUUCUUUUUUUUUUUUUCCGUUGUGGUUUAUUUUUUGUUUUUACAAUAAAAGAGGAAAAGGCC